UACGUGGAUUUGAGACCCCAGUAAGGAUGCAAUUGUGCUGUGAAUCCGUAAACGGCUCUUGCAUAAGGAGCAGUUGGUCAAACAGUAUCCGUAUUUCCAUGUACAUCUUCAUGGUUUUUGUUAUUCUGGCCACAGUGGUUGGAAAUCUGACAGUUAUCGUCUCAAUAUCACAUUUCAAGCAGCUCCAUACGCCUACAAAUUUCCUGAUACUUUCAAUGGCUACUGUAGACUUCCUGCUGGGAUUUUUGGUCAUGCCUUGCAGUAUGGUGCGCUCUGUUGAGCACUGCUGGUAUUUUGGGGAGUUCUUCUGCAAGAUCCACUCGAGCAUGGACAUUAUGCUGAGCACAGCUUCUAUCUUCCAUCUUUCCUUCAUAUCCAUCGACCGUUACUAUGCUGUGUGUGACCCUUUAAGAUAUAAAUCAAAGAUAAAUACUUUUGUCAUCGUGGUCAUGGUGUUUAUAAGCUGGAUGGUCCCUGCUGCUUUCGCUUUUGGGAUGAUCUUUCUAAACCUAAACUUGAGAGGGGCAGAAAAGAUUUAUAAUCAUGUCCGCUGUGCAGGAGGAUGCUUUCUCAUUUUUAGUGAAACUUCAGGUGUUGUGGCCUCCGUAGUAUCUUUUUACAUCCCUGGGUUUGUUAUGCUGUGCAUCUAUAGGAAAAUAUACUCUGUAGCCAAGAAGCAGGCAAGAUCCAUCGACGCAAUUAGCAAAAAAAAGAUGCAAUUUGAAACGAAGCACCACAUUUCAUUCUGCAGAGAAAGGAAAGCUGCUAAGACUUUAGGCAUAAUAAUGGGAGUGUUUCUCAUCUGCUGGACUCCGUUCUUCUUCUUUACAGCUACCAAUCCAUUUAUGAAUUACAUGAUACCUCCUGUUCUCAUUGAUGCUUUGGUUUGGUUUGGCUAUUUAAAUUCUACACUUAACCCAAUUGUUUAUGCAUUUUUUUACACGUGGUUUCGAAGGGCACUGAAGAUUAUUCUGUUUGGAAAAGUUUUUCAACAGGACUCUUCCAGGACUCAUUUGUUUUCAGACUAACAUGCUUUAAAUGGUUGAAUUCACAGCUUUGAACUUUUGCCUGGAGGCAUCUUCCCACAUGUAAGAGUUGUGAAGAAAGGAAACACCUAUUUAUUUGCCUAUUUACCAAAUGCAAUUCAAGCAGAUAGGCAACCAUUGUGCUUUAACUUUACAUAUUCUUUCAUUCCAGACUGGGUUUUGUAUGCGGUGUUUUGAUUAUAUCUAUUUAUAUGCAGUGCACAGAAGAGCAAGACUUCCAUUUCAAAAACAUGUAGCUGUUUAUAUCCCUGA